GCUCUGUGCGGCUGUAGGAGGAGUUUGCGGUCACCUCCCCCUCUGAGGCACUGCGGCCAGAUUCCCCCGAGGAGGUACCACCCCAGCCGCCAAGAUGUCCAGCAAACGUGCCAAAGCCAAGACCACCAAGAAGCGCCCUCAGCGUGCCACCUCCAACGUCUUCGCCAUGUUUGACCAGUCGCAGAUCCAGGAGUUCAAGGAAGCCUUCAACAUGAUCGACCAGAACCGCGACGGCUUCAUUGACAAGGAGGAUCUGCACGACAUGCUGGCUUCCCUCGGGAAGAACCCCACCGACGAGUACCUGGAGGGCAUGAUGAGCGAGGCGCCGGGACCCAUCAACUUCACCAUGUUCCUCACCAUGUUUGGGGAGAAGCUGAAUGGCACCGACCCAGAGGAUGUCAUCCGCAACGCCUUUGCCUGCUUCGACGAGGAGGCGUCAGGCUUCAUUCAUGAGGACCAUCUGCGUGAGCUGCUGACCACCAUGGGAGACAGGUUCACCGACGAGGAGGUGGAUGAGAUGUACCGGGAGGCGCCCAUCGACAAGAAGGGCAACUUCAACUACGUGGAGUUCACCCGCAUCCUGAAGCAUGGGGCCAAGGACAAGGACGAUUAGAGCCCGGGGCCGCUCACCCCCUCUGCCUCCUCCUGCACACGCCUCCCGCCCCUCGGCCCCCCUUGCUGCCCCAAGGCAGGCUCCCCCCAUGGGAAACACCUCCUAGGACCAGCACCCCGCAUCGGGUCACGCUUGGAGGGGAAGCGCUCCCGUCACUGCGCCGCUGUGUGCCCAUCCAUCAGCCCCAGACCUCCCCUCCCAUCGCCUCUCCCACUCACAGGCUCACCCCGCUGGGACCCCCAGCCUGGCUGUGACCCCCCCCCAGGCAGCCGUUGACCCCCUCGAAGCCACCAUGCCGCUGGUCCCUGGGGCCAGGGUGAGCAUCCCAGGUGAGCGCUGGCCUGCGGGGAUUUUGGCUGGCUCGAGCCUGAGUGAUCCCCGUCUCGGGGCCGUAGCACAGAGAGAAAGCAUCUCUCCCCUCUCCUCCUGCACUCCCUUCCUUCAUGAAAGAAAACUCACUUUGUUUCCUCCUCCCUGGCUGUUUUAUGGCUUUAGAGCCUGUGAUCUGAGGGAUUCGGGAAGCCGAAGCGGUGUAUAAAACCUGAUGGGUGUGAUAUGGA